UUCUCUGCCGCAGCAGUCACAUGACUUCUUGUUCUUCGGUUUCUUAAUUCCUAUACCUCUGUUGUUCUUCUGCUAGGUGAAAAGGGAUCUACAGUGUAGCUCUGAAAUACGCAGGACUUAAGAGGAAAAAGCCCCGGGAUUUCCUCAUCAACUUGUCAGUGGCUUAAGUCGUUUUCACCUGUUAUUUGCUGCGGGGACAUGUUCAUCCGUGAAGGGCUGUGCAAUUAGCUAGUUGACGGAAUAAACACAAACGCCGUAUUUUAUCUGCCACAAGAGGACUGCUUUUGUCUAACAUUAGCAGCAAGUGGUGGCUGCUCGACGUUGGCUCUCUUUUAAUAUACAACCAUUAAUAUGUCCAAAUAUACAAGCUUUCCAGAGCCGAUGGAAGACCACAACCCUUUCCAGGACCCUGCAGUGACUCAACACAGUAGCAACACAGGAUAUGCCACACUGGACCUGUACAAUCCAUUUGAUAACACAACAGGGCCUCCACCACCAUAUGAAGCCACAUCUCCUUCUGCUCCAUCUGUGCCUGCACAGACCCCACCCAGCAGGACAACACCCACUGAGCCUCGCAACUAUGGCUCAUAUAACUCCCAGACUGCAGUGAAUGCUACCACAGCAGAUCUCCUGAGGAAGCAGGAGGAGCUGGAGAAGAAAGCCCAGGAGCUGGAGAGGAGAGAGAGGGAGCUCAAGUCACACAGUCUGGGACCUGGAGCCUCCCGUCAGAAUAAUUGGCCCCCAUUACCUUCAUUCUGCCCUGUGGGCCCCUGCUUCUACCAGGACAUCAAUGUGGAGAUCAGCCAGCGUUUCCAGCGCACAGUCACCAUCAUGUAUUACUUCUGGAUGUUCUGCACUUUAACUCUGGCCUUCAACCUGAUCUCCUCCCUGGCCAUGUUCUGUGUGGACCCCUCCGGUGGUGUGGGCCUGGGUCUUGCCAUCCUUUGGGCCCUCCUCUUCACCCCCUGCUCCUUCGUCUGUUGGUACCGACCUGUGUAUAAAGCCUUCAGGAGUGACAGCUCCUUCAACUUCUUUGUAUUCUUCUUCAUUUUCUUUGCUCAAGUGGUCGUUUGCGUUAUCAUGACCAUUGGUAUCCCUGGAUGGGGCUUCAGCGGGUGGAUCGUGAGCCUGGCUGCUCUGAAGACCAAUGUCCCCGUUGGCGUGAUCAUGAUGAUCAAUGCCAUUCUCUUUACUGCCGAAACUGCUAUGGGGGUUGUCAUGCUGAAGAAGGUCCACAGCAUGUAUAGGCAGACUGAUGCCAGCUUCCAGAAGGCCCAAGCUGAGUUCGCCACCGGAGUUAUGUCCAAUCAGACUGUCCGCCAGGCUGCAGCCAAUGCUGCCCAGGGGGCCUUCACCGCACCUCAAUAGAGAGGGACGAAAGGGGCUGGGAGGGUAAGAAGUGGAGGGGGGGACCCUUUCAGGUUGGCAGGGGAUCUGUUUGUUAUUCAUUUCCUCACAGGUGAUUAGAAUUUGAUGGGGGGCACCAAGUCUAUAUGAUUAGCCCUGGGCAACUGAACUUAAGGGCACAUGCAUGAGUCAAAGGUGGGUCGUCUAAUUUCAAAAUGUGUACAGGGCAGGUUACGGUAGCUAUAUUGCCAAACCAUGAGUCAACAUAUUGUAAGUGUUGAUUCAAGAAACAGAAUAAAGGUGUGAGAAAACAAGUUGCCGAAGCUUUAUGAAAUUUAGCACAGUUG